AGGCAGGGAGGGAGGGAGGCAGGCAGGCAGGCAGGCACCGGGCGAGCGCAUAUACACACGCACGGCAGGCAGAGGCUGCUGGGGUAUUGUUAUCAUUGUGCUUCAGCGGAGGGUUUUGCGUGCAGGGGGAGGGGUGGAGGGAGGAGAAGAAAGAGGGAGAGAGAAAGUGCGGGGCGAGCAUGCAGCAGGGCUAGGGCCGGAGCAGCGGCUGUGCUGGCGCGCCCGGGCUGAGGCACUGAGAGGAGCCGCCUGCCCGAGCUCGCUGGGGGGCACCGGCGGGAGGAGCGAGGCGGGCACGAUCCGGGCGUGGGGAAGGCAGCCAGCCGAGGGGAGCAGCCGCACCGGCCUCGCAGCAGCAGCAGCGACUACUUCUUUCUUAUCUCCCAGCCUUUUGUUCGCCCAUCCUCCUCUUCCCUGCCCACCCUCUGCACCGCGGAGGGGGCUCGGCAGAGAGAAAAGCAGCCUGACCCAGAGCCGAGUUUCACCCAUCCUCCGCCCCUCUCUCUCUCUCUGCCUCUCUCUUCCCCCGCUGCAUCGUUGCCCAUGAGCUAGAGCGGCAGUCGGCAGCCAGCGCCGCGGCAGCCGGCUCCGGCAGGCCGGGGCAGACGCCGUCCGCAGCCCCCGGCAGCUGCCGCUGCCCGACCCUCCCCGCUGCUCCCCUCGCCCCGCUCCGCGGGUUCCAGCCGCGCUCCGGGACUGCUGGGGGCCGCCCUGCCGCCGCCCCUCCUCGCCUCCAUGUGCCGGGUAGCGGGAGCGCCGCCGCGGAUCCUGCCGCCGCUGGCGCUGAUGCUGCUGGCGGCCCUGCAGCAGGCACCGAUAAAAGCAACCUGUGAAGAUAUGUCAUGCAAGACUGGAUUUCCUGAAGAUGUGCACAGUGCAGUGGUGUCAAGGAGCGUACAUGGAGGACAGCCUCUUCUCAACGUGAGGUUUCGAAGCUGUGAUGGAAACAAAAAAAUACACUUUGGAAGCAGUGAGCCAGAAGAUUUCAGAGUAGGUGAAGAUGGUGUGGUCUAUGCAGAGAGAAGCUUUCAACUUUCAGCAGAGCCUACAGAGUUUGUUGUGUCUGCUCAAGACAAGGAAACCCAGGAAGAAUGGCAAAUGAGAGUGAAGCUAACUCCCGAACCAGCCUUCGCAGGGGCUUCAGAAAAGAACCAAAAGAAAAUUGAAGACAUCAUAUUUCCAUGGCAACAUUACAAGCACAGCAGCCCUCUGAAGAGGCAGAAGAGAGAUUGGGUUAUUCCUCCAAUCAACCUACCAGAAAAUUCCAGAGGACCUUUUCCUCAGGAAUUAGUUAGGAUUAGGUCUGAUCGUGAUAAAAGCCUCUCGCUACGGUACAGCGUGACUGGCCCAGGAGCUGACCAACCUCCAACAGGCAUCUUCAUCAUCAACCCCAUCUCAGGACAGCUGUCUGUAACAAAGCCUUUAGACCGGGAACAGAUUGCUUCUUUUCAUCUGAGAGCGCACGCAGUGGAUGUAAACGGAAACCAGGUGGAAAAUCCUAUUGACAUUGUUAUUAAUGUCAUUGAUAUGAAUGACAAUAGACCUGAAUUCUUACACCAGGUUUGGAAUGGGACAGUCCCUGAAGGAUCAAAGCCAGGAACCUACGUGAUGACUGUUACUGCCAUCGAUGCUGAUGAUCCCAAUGCACAGAAUGGCAUGCUGAGAUACAGAAUCUUGUCACAGGCCCCGAGCAGCCCCUCUCCAAACAUGUUUACAAUCAACAACGAGACUGGUGACAUUAUCACCGUAGCAGCUGGACUUGACAGAGAGAAAGUACAACAAUAUACAUUAAUAAUUCAAGCUACGGACAUGGAAGGAAACCCAACAUACGGUCUUUCAAACACAGCAACUGCUGUCAUCACUGUGACAGAUGUCAAUGACAAUCCUCCAGAGUUCACCGCCAUGACUUUCUAUGGGGAAGUACCGGAAAACAGGGUGGAUGUGAUCGUAGCGAAUCUGACGGUAACGGAUAAAGAUCAGCCCCACACGCCUGCGUGGAAUGCGAUGUACCGAAUGACCGGAGGAGACCCAACAGGUCGAUUUACCAUCCUGACCGAUCCCAAUAGCAACGAUGGGCUGGUGACUGUUGCGAAGCCUAUUGACUUCGAGACCAACAGGAUGUUUGUACUUACUGUAGCCGCGGAAAAUCAAGUGCCUUUGGCUAAGGGGAUUCAGCAUCCUCCUCAGUCAACAGCAACUGUGUCCAUUACAGUCAUUGAUGUGAAUGAGAGCCCAUAUUUUGUUCCAAACCCUAAGCUUGUACGUCAAGAAGAAGGGCUACUUGCUGGCAGCAUAUUGACAACUUUCACUGCUCAGGACCCAGAUCGUUACAUGCAGCAAACCUCUCUAAGGUACUCAAAACUUUCAGAUCCUGCAAACUGGCUGAAAAUUGACCCUGUUAGUGGACAAAUAACUACUACAGCUGUUUUGGACAGAGAAUCAAUAUAUGUGCAAAACAAUAUGUAUAAUGCAACGUUUCUUGCCUCUGAUAAUGGAAUCCCGCCAAUGAGUGGAACUGGCACACUUCAGAUAUACCUGCUGGACAUCAAUGAUAAUGCCCCCCAAGUGAAUCCGAAAGAAGCCACGACUUGUGAAACACUGCAGCCUAACGCUAUUAACAUCACUGCUGUAGACCCUGACAUAGAUCCAAAUGCAGGCCCAUUUGCCUUUGAGCUGCCUGACAUGCCUGCUAGUAUUAAGAGGAAUUGGACCAUUGUUCGAAUUAGUGGCGAUCACGCCCAGCUCUCUUUAAGGAUCAGGUUCCUGGAGGCUGGUAUCUACGAUGUGCCCAUAGUAAUUACAGAUUCUGGAAAUCCACAUGCAUCUAGCACUUCCGUGCUGAAAGUGAAAGUUUGCCAAUGUGACAUAAACGGAGACUGCACUGAUGUUGACCGGAUCGUUGGUGCAGGGCUGGGCACUGGUGCCAUCAUUGCAAUUCUGCUUUGUAUCAUCAUCUUGCUCAUUUUAGUUUUAAUGUUCGUGGUGUGGAUGAAACGCCGUGAUAAAGAGCGUCAGGCAAAGCAGCUCUUGAUUGAUCCAGAAGAUGAUGUGAGGGACAACAUUCUGAAAUAUGAUGAAGAAGGUGGUGGAGAAGAAGAUCAGGAUUAUGACUUGAGCCAGCUCCAGCAGCCUGACACUGUGGAGCCAGAUGCCAUCAAACCUGUUGGAAUCAGACGUCUUGAUGAAAGGCCAAUCCAUGCAGAACCUCAGUAUCCAGUCAGAUCAGCUGCUCCUCAUCCUGGGGACAUUGGGGACUUCAUUAAUGAGGGACUUAAAGCAGCCGACAAUGACCCUACAGCCCCACCAUAUGACUCCCUCUUAGUCUUUGACUACGAAGGAAGUGGCUCCACUGCUGGAUCCUUGAGCUCUCUUAACUCCUCAAGUAGUGGUGGUGAGCAAGACUAUGACUACCUAAAUGACUGGGGCCCACGUUUCAAGAAACUCGCUGAUAUGUAUGGUGGAGGUGAUGACUGAACUUCAAAGUGAACUUUGUUUUUGGACAAGUACAAACAUUUCAACUGAUAUUCCCCAAAAGCAUACAGAAGCUAGGCUUUAACUUUGUAGUCUACUAGCACAAGUGCUUGCUGAAGGCUUUGGCUUAGGCUGCAAACCAAUUUGGGCUCCGUGGAAUAUCAGUGAUCCAAUGCUGUUUGGAAAAAAAUAUUGAGCUCAGUUACACUUGAAUUUUACAGUACAGAAGCACUGGGAUUUUAUGUGCCUUUUUGUACCUUUUUCAGAUCGGAAUUAGUUUUAUGUUUAAGGCUUUAAUGGUACUGAUUUAUGAAAUGAUGCAUUAAAGAGACAAAAUAUGUUGGGGUGGGGAGGAGUAAGGUGAAACACAAUAUGCUUCAACAUGCUUUUGUUACAUCGCAUUGCUUUUAUUAAAAUAAGGAGAUUAAAAAUAAAAAAAAUCCUCAUGGAGCAAUUUUAUUAUCUGGGAGAGAAGACCAUGAGGUGGAACAAUGUACAUUACUUCUAGUUUUAGAUGUUAGGGGAUUUUUUUCACUAAAAUUCUAAAACUUAUGCAGCUGGUUGCAAAUAAAGGGAGUUUUCAUAUCACCAGUUUGUAGCAGAAUUGAUUUUUUUUUUCCUUAUGCUAGAAUGUUAGACACAUUUUGGUCUUAAUCCAUGUACACUUUUCUUUUUUCUUUUUUUUUUAAUUUCUAGUAUUUUUUUCCCACUUCACUGUAAAAAACGGUAUGUGUACAUAAUGUUUUAUUGGCAUAGUCUGUGGAGAAGUGCAGAAACUUCAGAACACGUGUAUGUAUUAUUUGGACUAUGGAUUCAGGUUUUUGCAUGUUUAUAUCUUUCGUUAUGGAUAAAGUAUUUACAAAACAGGUUGCAAACAAGUGACAUUGAUUCAAUUGUUGAACUGUAGUUAGAGUACUCAAUAUUUUUUUUAUUUUUAUUUUUAUUAUUUUUUUUUGUUUGGGGAGGGAGAAAAGUUCUUAGCACAAAAGUUUUACAUAAUUUGUACCAAAAAAAGGGGGGAGGGGGAGGGGAGUUGGCCUGAUACUGGUGGCACGAGUAAAUAUACAACAUGUUUUGGGGGCGGGGAGGGAAGGGGGAAGGAACUUUCAAACUUGAGAGACUUCUGAGAACAGCUUUGCCUCUGUAUUGUGUACCAGAAUAUGAAUGAUACACCUCUGACCCCAACGUUCUGAAUAAAAUGCUAAUUUUGGAUCUGG